AUGGCUGCAUCCAAAAAGUCUUUGCUGAAUGAAAUUGGUGAGGAUUUCCUCAGCUGUUCCAUCUGUUUGGAGUUCUUCAAGAAUCCUAAAGUCCUACCAUGUCUUCAUACAUUCUGUGAGCAAUGCCUGGUGACUUUUAAAGCCAAAUCUGAAGGUGAUUUGAAGUGUGCAACAUGUAGAAUUCAGUGUGACACAUCUAUUCAGGAACUAAAAUCCAACUUCUUUUUAACAAGCCUACUUGACACGUUCCAGAGACUGAGGCAGCUGAGUACAGACCAUCCACCAAUGUGUAAGAUAUGCAAAAAGAAGACAGCAACUCACAGGUGUGUAGACUGCCACCAGUUUAGCUGUGAUGUUUGUGUUAAAAUACAUGAACACGUUCCACCUCUCAGAGGUCACCAAGUACUAAAAAUUGACAAGUACAGAGAGAUAGAAUCUAAAGGUCAUCUCACAGUGCAGUCAAAGGUUUUCUGCAGUGAUCAUAAAGACAGCAACUUAGAAUUCUAUUGUGACACGUGUCAGGUGCCUGUAUGCUUGAAAUGCACUAUAGUUAACCAUAGAGGACCUGAACAUGUCCAUAGAGAUUUACAGGUGGUGGCCGAAGAAUAUAAAACACAAGUGAGGGAAAUGUUAGAAAAGUUAAAAGUGAAAGAGAAGCAAGCGGAUGAAGGAAAAGCUGCUACUGAAUCUGCAAGAGAAGAAAUCAGAAACCAGUGUGGAGCAGAGAAAAAGAAAGUUAGAAGAAGAGCAAAGGAAUUGAUAGAAAGAGUAAAGAGAGAAGAGAAGAUGCUGAUAGAUGACUUGGAUGAACGUGCCAAGAGUGGAUUAAAAGAAGCAGCAAUAAACAUUGAUGAGAUGGACUUUCACCAUGGCAACAUAGUCAGUACACAUCAUUACCUCCAAACACUGGUGCAUCUUGGGAAUGCUGUUCAUCUGCUAUCUACCAGAACUGAAACUAAUAAGCAAAUUAUGCAAAUGGUUGCCAUGGAAAUAAAACCACCAAUCAGUCAUGAGAUCAAUGAGUUCCAACCCAGAAGUGACCUUGGUGCAAAUACAUUACUAGGAGUACAGACAGUGGGAAAAGGACAGCUCAAGGAUCCACUUGGACUCACCAUAAAUAAACAUGGUGACUUUGUAACAGCUGAUAGGGGUAACCGAAGAGUUGUCAUACAUGACAGAGACGGAAACUACAAAGAAUCGUUUGAAUUUACUGAUCAGUUUGCAAAGCAAUUCACACCAAGUGAUGUAGCAAUAUCAGAUGAUAAUGAAUACUUUAUGACAGAUGACAAUAACAAACAAAUAGUUGUGAGUGAUGAAAACGGAAAGUUGAUUAGAAAGUUUGGAAGCUCUGAAAUUGAUGAUCCAUAUGGCAUUGCAAUCAAUCCUGUUACUAACAAUGUGUAUGUGAGUGAGUAUAGUAAAGGGUACAUUAGGAAAUAUACACAGGGUGGGAGAUAUAUCAACUCACUUGGAAUACAAGGAGAUAAACAGGGAGAGUUGAAUGGACCUUGUAUAUUAGCUAUUAACAGUAAAGGGAUGGUGUAUGUGGCUGAUUUUAACAAUCUACGCAUUCAGGUAUUUAAUUCUGACGACCAGUUUAUGUUUGAAUUCUCUACCACUGGUGACAACUAUACAAUGGAGUAUCCUGUGGGAGUAGCUAUAGAUAAGAAUGAUUAUGUAUAUGUGAGUAGUCGGCAUAAAGUCACAAAGUAUGACAGCUAUGGUCAGUUUAUUUGUAGGAUAAAUUGUGAUAACAAUAGACUGAGUAAGCCCAGUGGUGUAGCAGUGUGUAGUGAUGGUAAAAUAGCUGUAGUGGAUUGGGAAAAUUACUGCAUCAAAGUGUUUGUUGAGUGA